GGUGAGGAUUUGGACAUGACUCAAUGUACUGGUCACAGCUGUUGCGAUUCCUACUUUCUGCUAGUGCUGGACUUGCCGCCUUAUGUUUUCUUGUCCAAGUAUCAGUCUGAAGUAGUCACUAGCCAUUUACGCAUUGGUUGUCAGCCCUGGAAAAGAACAAAUAAUUUUAGAGGGACAGAAAUGUUGGCAUGAAUUUGAUUGAAAACAUUGCGGAUCUGAAAGCUAGUUUGUAAGUCAAGAUCUUCAACUUGGGCAAAGGAGAAUGCCCGGCUAUUUUUCUUGUGGUUGUCACAUAAUCCCAAUUACAAAACCUUUGUGGUAAGAGAAUUCUUGUUCAGCACGUAAUAUUUUUGACAAUGGAUCGAUGUUUGUGGUAACAUCUGUUUUUCAAAAAAAAAAACGAGACCAAUAAGUUUCUUUUUGCGUUAGUGAUCUGAUACCUCAGCAUGGAAUCAGGCUUCACAUGUAAUCAAAGCCAAAAGCUUCACGACAGCAAAAGUCGUCCAUUUGCUAUGUUUUUCAACCAUUUGCACUACGGCACCGAUUAAAAAAAUGGCGGCUGCUGACCUUUUUUCUCCUUUCAUACAGAUAAUUUCAGGCACUAUAUGUACUGCUGCAGAACUGCCAAGUUCCUGGAAUAAGUUGAACUGAAACCAAGAAGGUAGAUCGUUAUGUCGAGUUUUCUGCAAUUUUUAGAGCACCAUGAAUUCUUUGUCAUGUCAGAUGUCUUGUUCUUCUCUGUGAUAGCCAUCUUCUUCAUAGUCUUAGUUGAACGAUUUUUUAGUCGUUCGAAUAAGAAAAGAAAGCUAAUGUUACUACCUUCUCCGCCAAAACUCCCAAUCAUUGGAAACCUUCACAAAAUCGGGUUGUACCCUCAUCGCUCACUCCGGGCCUUCGCUCAACAAUUUGGCCCUCUCAUGUUGCUCCGCUUUGGGAGUGCGCCUGUGCUUGUUGUCUCCUCCGCUGAUGCUGCCCGUGAGAUCAUGAAAACCAAUGAUCUGACAUUCGCAAACAGACCCAAAUCAAGUACCUUUCAAACGCUUCUCUAUGAUUACAAAGACGUGUCAAUGGCACCUUAUGGUGAUUACUGGAGGCAAAUGAAAAGCGUAUGCGUGCUACAUCUUCUAAGUAACAAAAAGGUUCGGUCCUUCGGCGCUGCAAGAGAAGAAGAAACGGUUCUUGCUGUUGAGAAGAUUAAAAAGUCUAGCACAUCUGCUUUGCCUGUGAAUUUAAUUGAACUCUUUUCUACGGUCACAAACAGUGUUGUCUGCAGAGUCGCUUUAGGAAGAAAUUACAGUGAAGGGGAAGAUGGGAACAAGUUUAAGAAGCUUUUGAGCGAGUUCGUGGAGUUGUUGGGUGGCAUAAAUGUUGGGGACUAUAUUCCCUGGCUUGCUUGGAUAAACCAUGUUACUGGAUUGAAUAGUAAAGUAGAGAAAGUGGCCAAGGAGUUCGAUGCUUUUUUAAGUGGAGUGCUUGAAGAGCAUAUGAAUCGGCAUAACGGGAAAGGAAAUGAUGAUAUUGGGAUUCAAGAUGAAGAUGAAAAAGAUUUCGUUGAUGUUUUGCUGGAGAUUUAGAGGGAAAACACGGUUGGCUUUCCCAUAGAGGAAGUGAGCAUUAAGGCUCUUAUCUUGGAUACGUUUGCAGCUGGAACUGACACUACGUAUACAGUCCUGGAGUGGGCAAUGACAGAACUGUUGAGGCACCCAGAGAUAAUGAAACAACUGCAAAAAGAGGUCAGGAAAGUUGCCUGUGAAAAAUCGGAAAUUUCGGAGGAUGAUCUGGAUAACAUGCACUAUUUAAAAGCUGUGAUCAAAGAGACUCUUCGUUUACAUCCUCCGAUUCCAUUGCCAGUUCCAAGAAUAUCAACAGAAGAUGUCAGGAUCUAUGACAUUGAACGAGGAAGUCAAGUUAUUAUCAAUGCUUGGGCAAUCGGAAGAGACCCCAUGUCGUGGGAGAAACCAGAAGAAUUUCUUCCAGAGAGGUUCUUGAACAAUUCCAUAGAUUUCAAAGGACAUCAUUUCGAAUUGAUUCCAUUUGGUUCUGGAAGGAGGAUUUGUCCAGGCAUCCUGUUUGCAAUGAAAAUAAAUGAGCUCUUAUUGGCAAAUCUUGUGCACAAGUUUGAUUGGUCAUUGCCUGGUGGAGCACAGCAGAACUGUCACGGGUCGAGACUUAAGCUCCGAAUCCGUGCGGCUCCAAGACCCGGGCAUGCACUCAUCCGGCGUCCCAGAUCAACCUUCCUGCCACGGUUCACACCCUUGUGAGGUAUUGUCCACUCUGACCCCCCUAGC